UGCAUUUUAUUAUUUACGGUUUUUAAAGAAAUGGCUAUCAUCUGACAUAGCUACAAUAUCUGGGAAAUAAAAAAGUCUAUUAUCAAAAUACCUUCUUUAUAAAGUGGUUCUGAAUUUAUAGCUUGUAGAAUUAGAAUCAGUGAAGGAAAGUAAAAUGUGAACUCAGAGUCGAUAGACAUGAAACGUGUCUGUAUUCAAGGUCUCAGGACCUCAAUAUUUGAUUUCACUAUUUCAUUUAAUAUGCUCCACAUCAUUUUGGUGUAAUUUCUUCACAUUUUCUAAAAGCUCUAAUUUAUUAAGUUAUACUCCAGAAAUCUUUCUCAGUGGAAGGAAUAACAAAAGAAAAUUCAGGACACGCCCCCUCCCUGACCCACAAAAUACUUGUAGAUUUACUGGUCAGAGUCUAGUCGAUAGGGUUCCUUUAUCUUUUAUUGAAAAGAUACAUAUUUCGAAAAGAGUCUUUUGGACAUCUUUUUGAAAGCUACCAAUUUUGUGACUCUUGAUUUCAGACGAGUCACAAGCACCAGCAUAAAAAGAUCGUCUUGACUAUCAUUUGCAAAGCACAGUCUAGUUAAAAAUAUUUCAGAUCAUAUCCUUUAAUUGGGGACAUAACAAACUAUCUUCCAACACAGAUAAAAAUUCAAAAAUAAAUUAUAACUGUGGACUGCAACAUAAUAUUAAAGGAAAAGAAAGCCUUUUUGUGAGCACGCGAAGAAUUCCUCCUCUGUACAGUGACACAAAAGCAUUUUCAGCUUUCAGGUUUCGACAAAUCCUGUUGUAACAACAACUCCCUCCCUUCCCCGCCUCUCCUUUCUUAAUUCUCCCACAGCUCAAAAAAUGAGAUGGAGAACCUGGUAUUUAUCUUCUAGCACCAUCAGCAGUCUCUACCUCAGAUUCCCAUGUUGGUCUUUAUGUGCGAGUUAACUUGGCGGAGCUCUGUCCCUAAUACUCACAGGCUGGACGGGAGCCUCAAGUGUGGCUUCUCCGCCUCGAGCAGCUUCGUUUGAAGACAACUGACAGAAGGGGGUUAAGACACUGAAGGCUCCUGACAAAAGAUCCUACAACUGGAAUUCGGUAUGUCAAAAUCUCCCAAGAAGGCAUCAUCAUAGACUUCAGCACAGUUUAAAUUCUAAAAAGAACAAAGUGGCCACUUUUCGAGAGCCACCCAUCCGCACUCAGGAGAAUGACCGGUAGUCUCUGAGCGCCUGGCGUGAGCUUUUCUCUUGGGCUGGAGUCUCCUCAUCUACCGCGAGGCCCACUCAAAUGUGUUCCUGCUCCCACCGUACAUGGAAACGUAAGCCUUUUCGUUAUCCUUUCUUUUAAUCCCGGUUUGUCUUCCUUCCCUAGCCUUUGUUACUUGGUUCUCUGCCGCAGAGACAGCAUUACGGUUUUGACCAGGGGCCAUCAUAAUCAAGCAGCAGGUAACGGGGGACCAAGAUAAGGUAACGUCAUGGCGUCCGCGGGUCUCCAGCUCCUGGCUUUCGUCCUGGCUCUAUCUGGGGUGUCUGGAGUGCUCACGGCCACUCUGCUGCCCAACUGGAAGGUGAACGUGGAUUCGGGCUCCAACAUCAUCACGGCUGUCGUGCAGCUGCAGGGGCUGUGGAUGGACUGCACGUGGUACAGCACCGGGAUGUUCAGCUGCACCCUCAAGUACUCCAUUCUGUCCCUCCCCAUCCAUGUGCAGGCCGCACGGGCCACCAUGGUCCUGGCCUGUGUCCUGUCCGCGUUGGGGAUCUGCACUUCCACAGUGGGUAUGAAAUGCACUCGCUUAGGAGGGGACGGAGACACAAAGAGCCACGCUUCUUUUGCCGGAGGAGUCUGCUUCAUGGCUGCAGGGGUCUCUGGUUUAAUCCCAACCGUGUGGUACACAAAGGAGAUCAUAGCAAACUUCCUGGACCUGACGGUUCCAGAAAGCAACAAACAUGAGCCCGGAGGAGCCGUCUACCUCGGAUUCAUUUCGGCCGCGCUGUUGUUCGUCUCCGGCAUGAUUUUCUGCACUUCCUGUAUGAAAAAGGCUCCGGAAGCUUGGCUCUUUGCAGCCAAGCAGCGGCAUACCUCCGCCAUGCAGCCAGAGGGCAGCUCCGCGUACAACCUCAAAGAUUACGUGUAAAUGACCGUGUCGCGCGUAUGGAAUGUUUAGGUGCCUGCUGUGGCUUUCGUCUUUUCGUUUUAGAGGAAAACUAUAAAUGAGGUCAUUUAAAAUGCCAACAAACUAUUGUGUGCAAUUAGAUCCGUUUUAAGAUUAUUCUUCCAUUCCUUUUUUCGCGUUUUAUCCAGUGGUUUAUAACUGAAAGAGGUUCUGUUUUAUAAGACAAUUGAUGGGUUUUUUUUCCUUUUAAGAUAAACUGUUGACACAUCUUCUGAAUUGUUAUUUAGUUGCAUUUUAUAGAAGAACUAAAUUGCCAAGUAUAAAAAAGCGCCUUUCUCUGUGUUAAUCCAGGGUAUCAUCUGCUUUUGCUGGCUGUUGGUAACCACAGGGACUUGCUUCUGUUUUCAAGCCUGCUCUCUGACCAUGAGGGAAAGAAGAGAUGUCCGUCUCUCUUAAGUGUUGCCCAAACCAGCCUCCCCAGCUUCCCACCUACCGUGACCUCCCUGCUUCCUGUUUCAUUUUAGAAAAUGUCUACGUACGUGUCCAAGAGCCAACGAUAGGCCAUUCAAAGAUUAGGCAGGCAGAACUAAGGAAAAGAAACUGGUAAAUGCUACCACAGCAAAGCAAAACCAAAUCAAGCGCGAACUGAAAUCUCCAGGAUUGGAAGGCAUUAAGUACAAAGUAAGUGACAAUAAUAACAGUUUGCUUUAUUUAGAAUGCUGAAGAAGUGCCGUCUUCUGCUGCUAGCAAGAGGAUGCUCCAGAUUCCGUGCAUUUAUCCUACAACCCAGAGUCUUCCCCUUCCCUCUCACUGAUGAGUAUCUGGAUGACAGAAGUUACUUUAAGUUGUCGUUUUUUUCUCAAGUUUGAUUCACGUUAACAAAAACAUUGCUGUUCUCUUAUAAAUGAGCUGCUUCCAGUAGUAAACAGAACAAAAAUUAAAGUAUAAAGAAUACUUUAAAGAUGUAAGUUAAUUUGUGAUAUGUAAUCCAAAUAUCUUAACAAGAAAAUAAAAACUGGAUUUUCUAAUGCACAAAGGGGACAAGGCCCACUAUUGUUUCUAAUAAUUCAUGUAAUUAGGCUUAAUCAUUGCUCACUAUAAAAUGGUAAAGGGGGAAAAAGGAUCAUUUCUUUGCACAUCAGUAACUCGGGAAGUGUGAAGAAUAUCUUUUAUGUGACUACAUAUUUUUCAUUUGUGCCUACAGAAGUAGAGACUAACAUGUUUUAUACCUAGUUUACUCACUCUCUUCUGCAACAGUGUCAUUGGCCAUUAAUAGGAUGGCUAAAAUGGAAAGGUAUCAUUUCAUCUGGGAAUUAGGAAAAGACAUAUUUAAACAGAAGCUUAAAGUAUGGAUUUCCUUUGGAGGAUCAAAAUAUUUUCUGUUACACAUGUAUACUAAAAAUAACUGGUAAAAAGUAUUUUUAUGCAAAUUAAUGUGACCAGAUUGGUUUGGCACCUGUAUCUCUCUCCUUUUGCUUACUGGGACUGGCUUUAUAUGCAGUUUCUGUACCUGAUAGUCCUAUGCUAAAAGUUCACCGUAUGUGUUCUAUAAAAGUCCAUACAUACUUCAAAAAAUAAUUUUUAUUUUGCUCUAGAAUAUUUUCUUCUUAAAUAGGCACAGGGAUGUUCUGAACUCCACAAAAGCAGCCAUUUCCUACAAAUAAUGGCCGAAUUCCAUCCAGACUGGACACAGCAAUGAUGAAAUGGCUCGGAGUCCCUCCGUCCCCCCAGGCCGCACCCCUGCUGCAUUCCUCCACCUGGAAUCCUCCCACACUCCCCCCUUCCUUGCCCGCCCACGCUCCGACUCCUCCUUCGGGGUUCACGUGAGACCUCCUUUGUGACCCCACUCCUGACUCCCUGAGGGUCACUGCUUCCAGCCCUGUACUCUCUGAGAAUACGGUCUAUUCAAACAAGUUAUUGCAUCUCCGACUAGACUCUGAGACAAGGUACUGUUUUUACCUUUGUAGCCUCCGUAACUUGCCGACAGCGCUUACGAGGACGUGCCAGUCCUUCUGGGACGUACACGGACUGGUUUAAACCUCAGGAGGACUCUAGGAGGCAGGCACUAUUCCUAGCACAGAGGGGAACUGAACCAGGGGAAAGUACGGUACCUCACCAGCCCAACGGCAGGCAGCUGGUAAGCGGAAAGAUGGGAUUCAACCGGAGGGAACCAGCCCUGGAGUCAGACCAGGUGCCUGCCGGCUUACGCAGGGCACAAGGCUGCGUGGCGCGUGUUACUGAAUCUAGGUCUUGGUCCCCUCCUGUGAAAAUGAGGAUAGAACGGCACCUACGCACACAGGGGCUGUAAGGAUUCAAUGACAGGAUGUGCACACAGCAUUUGGCGGAGGGGGCGGUAAGCACGCUCGGGACUUCCUUGGUCUACACCAGCAUUUUCCAAAGGGGGGGGGGGGUGGAGCCGGCAGAGGACACAGGGCAGCGCCGGGGGCCAGCUUUGGUCAUCACAGCUGGGGUAGCGGUACUGGGACCUAGUGGGCGGAGGCCAGAAAUGCUAUGAAAUACCCUACAAUGCCUGGGCAACAAAGAAUUUUCUAGCCAAAAAUGUCAAUUGUGAGGAGGCUGAAAAACCCUGAUCUAAUGUAUUUGAAUUAUAUUUAAACAUUCAUUUUAAAGAAAAUAAUAAAGUUACCAAACCAAAAGAAAACA